CUUUUCCACUCACUGCCACCGCUGUUUGUGACACCGGUGCGGCGAUCGUGACGGAACCGCCGACCGCGCGUUGAUCCGCGGAUCCGCAGCUCCGCAGCCGCCGCUGCUGCUGCCGCUGCUGCUGCUGCGCCGCCCGGGUCGGUGGGAUACUUGAACAUUUGGAGACAUAAUGGAGAUUGGGGAGGUUUUACACUCAAGGUCACUGAGUGUUUAAAGCCUAUAUUUGCCGUUCACACACACACCCACACAUAUAAACACACACACAUAGGUAUAAACACACACACACGCACACACAUAUUCGGUGCGUUUUAGCGCAGCCUAUUUGGCAAUUUGCUCUUCACACGGUUGCGGGAGCGUGUAGGCGUGCACGUACUGUGGAGUUACAAUUCUUUGGUUUUUCUUUUUUUUUCUUCUUUUUUUAUUUAUUCACCCCCCUUUCCCCUCCAAUUUUUAUUAUUUUUUUUCUUUUUCUAACACUAUGGAUGGGAAAUUGCAGCAGGCUCGGAGAUGCCGGACCAAGCGGGAGCGGGUGCGGAGGGCUGCGGGAGACUGCCGGAGACGCAGCCCGCACAGCCCGCUCCUCCCGCAGCCCCGACCCCAACAACAACUCCUCCGGCUCCGACAGGGAGGGACGCAGCCCGGGGGGGGACGCGGUAGCAGUAGCCGUCUCCCUGGCCCCCUCCCUGGCCGCCUCCCUGGCGCCCCCCCUGGCCGCCUCCCUGGCCCCCCUGGCCGGCAGGAAGGCGGCCAGAGCCCCGCGCCCCCCCCGGCGCAAGAGACGCGAGUCCAGCUCGCAGGAGGAGGAUAUCAUUGAUGGAUUUGCCAUCGCCAGCUUCAUCAGCCUGGACCGUCUGGAGGCUCAGCCGUUGCAGUAA